UUCCGAUCUAGAAGCUGCUCAAUUCAGAAGGAAAAGUUUUCCUUUCUAUCAUGAAUAUAGUUCUAUCUAUGCAAAAGAUCGUGCAACAGGGAGGGAUGCACAAACUGGAGAAGAUAUUAUUGAAGAAAUGACUAAUGAGGAAGGUAUUGGUGGGAUCAAUCUAGCUAGUGAAGAUGAAGAUGUUGGUGAUGAAGAUAUGCCAAAUAGUAAUAUCAUAUUUACCCAAGCUCACUCUUCAUCAGGUAAUAGGGCACGAAGUAAAGCAAAUUCAGAAUCAUUGUCUAGUGGUGCAAGAAGAAAGAGGAAGAAUAGUGAUAGAGAUGAACCAAUUACUUCACAAUCCUUUCACAGUACUGCAAUGAUGUUGAAUGAAACAUUGUUGAUAGUUGGUGAUAAACUAACUAAGAGCAUUGGAACUCAAUUAACUCUUCAAGAAAAAGUGCAAUAGUUAGACGAAGAGUUAAUUCAACUUGAUGGAUUAUCAAAUAAAGAAUAUUUGAUGGCUUGAUUAAACUUCCUGACCAUCAAAAUUAGAUGCUUGUGUUUUUUAGCCUUCCACCAGAUCGAAGAUUGGGAUGGGUGAGAGCUUUUCUUGCUACACAUUGAC